UGGCUACGUGUGCAGCAGAAUGCAGCCUACCGCUUCUUGAUGUAAAUGUAAACAUUAUUUCCCCGCCUCGAUCGAGCGCUGCUGGCGCAGCUAUCUUUACUCCUCCCAGUUACAUUCAAUAUUGACUAAGACAAUGAGCCAUACAUUCCAUUGGGGGCUAGAUGGCCUGGAUAAGCCUCGCUUCGAAGCAUACACCAAGAUAUUGAGCCUUCGCAACGGAGGGCAAGCUGGUGAUGUUAUUACAUUCGACCCCUGUGAAGCAGGCCUCGAUGUGACAGAGCCAGCAGAAGAUGGUGAUUCCAUUGCGGGACAACCGUUGACCAACUUCGACAAUGAUAAGCUUAAGCGCGCAUUCCUUGACCGAUUAUCCGAGAUUCUAUCACAUACAAGAGGUGGCUAUCAAGUAGCUGCUGCAUUGAUGAUAGAGAACUUGGGAGUCCCUGAGGUCACCGUCGCCAAGAACUCCGGGUUAAAGCAAACGGAUAAAGACUUUAUAACGGCCUUAGAGAAGGUCCUAGGGCGCAUAGUGGGCUGUCUAAUUUCGCUUCAAGACACAAACGAGUUGCGGGAGCUAAUCCUAACUCAAUACACGCCGAGGGUAAAGGGGUAUAUAUCAGAUUUGCAAAAAUAUCUGAACCAAGGCCGGAUCCAACUGAUGAAACAGUCCGGCUCGGAUACCAUCAGAGCCCUUGCGGUGCAGAUCGAGGCGCUAUCUCUGGUCUUGAACCAAGUGCCCCACGACCUAAAUAAGAUUGUCCUAGAGGCGUAUCACAUACGAACCCUCCAUAACAUGUCCAUUUUUGAGCAAAUCCAGCCAGAGAAGCCAUCGGUCGGCCGGCAAAUUGGCGAUUUGGUCUAUCUAUUGAGUCGACCUCACGUAGCCCUCCUAACUUUUGUUCGAGCCAUCGAAAGGAUUGAAGGGUUCGACAAGUUGCGUGUACGAUGGGUCGAGUUCACGUCCCUCAUUAAAAAGGCGCCCCUCGCCAAGGGGCAACCUAUGAUCCCCCCCUGGACUGUUGGUCAAGUUUUUAAGUCACUCGGCCUGAAGUUUAACGACGUGGAGACGAGGGCCUUGAUGCAUUCAGGGGCAGAUAAGUCAUCAACGUGGAACAGGGAUAAACUAGUAAAUAGAUUUGGGAAGCUCAAGGCGACCGAGAAUAACAUCCACGCUGAAGUUCAGCUUGUGUUGGACUUAUCCAAGAGGGGUGUGCAGCUGGACCAUGCGUUCAAAUACGUCGGUUGCAGUAAACGGUCCUGCCUCCUCUGUUACAGUUUCCUUUCGACGACCGGAUUCGCUUGCCGGGGUUGUCACGGAAAAGUCUAUGAAUUGUGGACUAUACCUGAGCUUGACGGGAUUAGCGAAGGCUCCCUCAGAUUGCUUUCCGAGGCAGUUAAAAAGUUACAGAGCCAAGUAACGAAGUCCCUUCGGCACAAUACGAAGCCUAGACCUCACGUAAAAGAGUCAACUGUCGGAGGUUCCUCGAUUGCAACUGUUGUGCCGCAUACUGAGGACCAACACUUGGCGACACUGAUAAGGAAUCAUCUCCAAACGGAUAGAGAGCAUUCUAUUUUGAGAGCACCUAUAAUAAGGCCUAUCUCCCCGCAAAGUGAGGACACUCUUAGUGAGACUCCAUCUCGAUCCCGGCUUCCUGUGGAGCACGAGACAGAGGGCGAAUGUAAGACAUGCGACAAUAUAACAUCACGGCGCUGUACCCUCUGCGGUAGAGAUUGGUACUGUAGUGAGCAUUGCCAGAAGCAGAUGAGACUUUAUCAUAUCUUCUAUUGCAAUUUGCGACCACUCACUACAGCAGAUUAUCUAUGCCGAGACUGCUUUGAAGAUAGGAUGCCGGAUGACCCUGAAGUAUUAGACGACUUUGGAUUUAACCGCUGUAAGACUCGGGACGAGCAAUCGCAUCUGCUUGGCGUCUACAUCGGCUUGUUCAAAUACUUCGACGUUCCUAGUGAGACUGUUGACGGCUGGAGGAGGAACGGGAUCCUCUUGGAUCAGAUCGCGCAGGCGUUCAACAAGAUACCAGAGGAAUCGCGUGGGAAGUAUUUCCCGUGGCUUCUUCGCAACACCCACCUGUUAAGCCAAGACAAGACAGUUGAGCCGAGCCAAGAAUCUCCUAAAUCUUACCUAGCAAGAGUGUUUGAAGAAGCGAGGCCAUAUCUCAAGGGCCAAGAUAGUGGAAAGACCAUGGAACAACUGGAACCGUUAGAUAAGCGGCGAUGUUUUACUUUCUUCGCCUUGACACUUCAAAAUUCCAGCCCACCGCCUAUAGAACUUGCUGUAGAUCAGUGGUAUGACUUCGGAUUCGCUACAUGCAUCGGUCGCGACCUAACUCCCGAAGGGAUUCAACACUCCGAGGGCUGGCUCGGGGGGUUAUACUCCACGUUAUUGUUUGGACGCAAGGCCCGGAGGGCUUACUGCAAAAGCCUUGGAAUCCCAUACGAUGGUCCUCCUGACCCACCGAUAUGCCCUUUCGACGAGUUUUACAGGGCCUGGAGUUCCUACACCCUGCCUUCCGUCUUUGAUAAGUAUGGAUAUGGCGAUCGGAUCGAUGAAUGGCCCUUUUUCAGAAAAUUCAUCUCGACCAAACCGGAGAAACGUGCACAUGUUUGGAGGUUGCUGCAGUAUAUAGCAAUUGGCGAACUCAAUGCCAUUGACUCAACACCCAAGCUGAUGAAUGCAGCAAAGUUCUAUGGGAUCUCCUCGCAUGUCGAUACAAGGGAGCGACUUGCCCUAUACGAGUUCUAUCGUCAGCUACUGGGUGUUGUUGAUCCUUUAUCUCUUGAGGAGGCAUGCGAGCAAGGCACAUUAUUAAGAUUUGCCCUUGAACAUUUAGGAACAGACAUGGACACGAGAGUUAAGUCAUCUCUAGUCAGGCUAGACCUUUCGAAAAGGACUAGGAGGUAGACGGGUGUAAUGAAUAUUGAUUAGGUAAAUCUCCCAUGCGAUGUAUGUUUUAUCCAUAAUGUGAC